CGCGUGUGGGGGGGCGGUGGUGGCGAGGCGGGAGCGCGGGAUGGAACACCGAGACACCGACGGAAUGCUCCGAAUUGCCACAUAAUCCCUUGGAACGGCGGCGCCGAACGCCAUUGGCUUCUCCCUUGUCGGCGGCGGUGCCGUCUCCCACCUUCGCCUCACCUCCUCCCUCUCCGCCCGCUGCCUCCGGAGCUGGGGGGGAAACGCGAAGCCCCACUGCAAUGGAGCCCGCCGCCGCGGCGCAGCGACUCCCCGACACUAGCAGGGAGGACCGAGCUCCGGCUCCGGCGGCUACCGCCGCAGCGGCGGCGGCGGCGGCGGCAGCAGCGGCCGCGGCGGCUCUGGCGGCGGCGGCCGGGGGCGGCCGGAGCCCGGAGCCCGCGUUGACCCCGGCGAUUGCGAGCGGCAUCGGCGGCGGCGGCGGGGCGCGGGAAGAGGGCCCCGGCGAGGCGCAGCCGGGGCCGCUGCCCGGCAGGGUGGGGGGCACGGCACGCAGGCGGCGGCGCGGGGCGCCCCAGCCCACCGCUGGUGGGGCUGCCCCGGGGCCCGGUGCCGGCGGCGGCGCCAACUCCCUGCUGUUGAGGAGAGGGCGGCUGAAGAGGAAUCUGUCCGCGGCCGCCGCCGCCUCGUCGUCCUCGUCGUCGUCCUCGUCGUCGUCGUCCUCGGCUGCUGUCGCCUCGCACUCCCCUAGCGCCGCCGGCCUCCCCUCCUCCUGCUCGGCCUCGGCGUCGCUGUGCACCCGGAGCCUGGACAGGAAGACGCUGCUCCUGAAGCACCGGCAGAUGCUGCAGCUGCAGCCGUCGGAUCGGGACUGGGUGAGGCACCAGCUCCAGCGGGGCUGCGUGCACGUCUUCGACCGCCACAUGGCCUCGACCUACCUGCGUCCGGUACUCUGCACACUGGACACCACGGCCGGCGAGGUGGCCGCCCGUCUGCUGCAGUUGGGCCAUAAAGGCGGUGGCGUGGUGAAGGUGCUGGGCCAGGGACCGGUACCUGCCACCGCCCCGGCCCGCGCCGAGCCGCCCCCCGACGUCGGGUCCCGGCUCGCGCCGCCUGACCCGCGGGACCAGGAGCCGCCUCCCGCGAGGAACAGGCCGGGUGCCGUCGGGGGCUCUCCGCGCGCGCCUCCCGCCGACCUGCCGCUGCCCGCCGGCGGCCCGGGCGACUGGAUACGCCGCGCCUCACGCGCCAGUCCCGCGCCCUCGGACUCCAGCCCGGGCGAGCCGUGCGCCCCGCGGCGUCUAGACGGCGGGCCCGCGGGCCCGGCCUCCGACACGGAGAGCUUCAGCCUGAGCCCCAGCGCAGAGAGCGUGUCCGACCGGCUGGACCCCUACAGCAGCGGCGGCGGCUCCUCGUCGUCGGAGGAGCUGGAGGCCGACCCCACGCCGGCCCCGACGGUGGCCUCAGGCCAGACCCGGCGCGCUGGCCGCCCUGCGCAUCCCCGGCCGCCCUCCCCGGCCGCCUCCCCGCCGCGGCCGCAGCAGAAAGCCCUGAGGGCCGUCGACGUCCCGGGAGGGGCGGCCCGCGAGGGCCGUCAGGAGGAGGCGGCGACCCCCCGGAGGAGUGGGGCGACCGCGGAGAAGGCGCCUCCGCCGCCCACGCUCUACGUGCAGCUCCACGGAGAGACCACCCGGCGCCUGGAGGCGGACGAAAAGCCUUUGCAGAUUCAAAAUGACUACCUCUUCCAACUGGGAUUUGGGGAGCUGUGGCGGGUGCAGGAGGAAGGCAUGGACUCGGAGAUCGGCUGCCUCAUCCGCUUCUACGCAGGAAAACCUCACAGCACCAGCAGCUCAGAACGAAUUCAGCUCUCAGGAAUGUAUAAUGUCCGUAAAGGCAAAAUGCAGUUGCCAGUGAACCGAUGGACAAGACGUCAAGUUAUCCUGUGUGGGACCUGCUUGAUAGUAUCAUCUGUGAAAGACAGCUUAACCGGAAAGAUGCAUGUUCUGCCAUUAAUUGGUGGAAAAGUAGAAGAAGUGAAAAAGCACCAGCACUGUUUAGCAUUUAGCUCCUCUGGACCCCAAAGCCAGACUUACUACAUUUGCUUUGAUACUUUCACGGAAUACCUAAGGUGGCUGCGACAAGUCUCCAAGGUUGCAUCCCAGCGCAUCAGCUCAGUAGACCUCUCAUGUUGUAGCCUGGAACAUCUCCCUGCCAACCUCUUCUACAGCCAAGACCUCACUCAUCUUAAUUUAAAACAAAACUUCCUAAGGCAAAAUCCCAACCUCCCAGCUGCUAGGGGACUCGGUGAACUGCAAAGGUUCACCAAGUUGAAGAGUCUUAACCUUUCCAAUAAUCAUCUAGGGGACUUCCCAUUAGCAGUCUGCAGUAUUCCAACCCUGGCGGAGCUGAACGUGUCCUGCAAUGCCCUGCGAGCAGUCCCAGCAGCUGUUGGAGCUAUGCACAACUUGCAGACAUUUUUGUUGGAUGGAAAUUUUCUCCAGUCCCUUCCUGCUGAGUUGGAGAACAUGCACCAGCUCAGCUAUCUUGGUCUUUCAUUCAAUGAAUUCACUGACAUUCCAGAGGUACUGGAGAAACUGACUGCUGUGGAUAAACUUUGUAUGUCUGGAAACUGUGUGGAGACUCUUAGGCUGCAGGCUCUAAGAAGAAUGCCUCACAUUAAACAUGUGGAUCUCAGACUGAACGUAAUUAGGAAGCUUGUAGCAGAUGAAGUGGACUUUCUGCAGCAUAUCACUCAGCUUGAUUUGCGAGAUAAUAAACUUGGUGAUCUAGAUGCUAUGAUCUUCAACAACAUUGAAAUUCUACACUGUGAAAGGAAUCAAUUGGUGACAUUAAACAUUUGUGGCUAUUUCCUAAAAGCACUCUAUGCCUCUUACAAUGAACUAGUUCAACUUGAUGUUUAUCCAGUUCCAAAUCAUCUGUCCUACAUGGAUGUUUCAAGAAACCACUUAGAAAAUGUGCCUGAGUGGGUAUGUGAAAGCCGAAAGCUAGAAGUUUUGGAUAUUGGCCAUAAUCAAAUAUGUGAACUUCCUGCCCGCUUAUUUUGUAACAGUAGUCUCCGGAAACUGCUGGCAGGACAUAACCAGUUGACAAGGCUGCCUGAGCGACUAGAAAGAACCUCAGUGGAGGUCUUGGAUGUGCAGCAUAACCAGCUCGUAGAGCUGCCACCUACCCUCCUCAUGAAGGCGGACAGCCUGAGAUUUCUGAAUGCAUCUGCAAACAAACUGGAAACCCUUCCUCCAGCCACACUUUCUGAAGAGACAAACAGUAUCUUACAGGAGUUGUAUUUGACAAACAACAACCUGACAGAUAAGUGUGUGCCCUUGUUAACAGGACACCCCCGUCUGAAGAUCCUUCACAUGGCUUAUAACCGACUUCAGAGUUUUCCAGCAAGUAAAAUGGCAAAACUGGAGGAACUCGAAGAAAUUGACAUCAGUGGGAAUAAACUGAAAGCCAUUCCAACAACUAUUAUGAACUGUAGGCGCAUGCACACUGUGAUUGCUCACUCCAAUUGCAUUGAAGUUUUCCCUGAAGUUAUGCAGCUGCCAGAAAUCAAGUGUGUGGACCUAAGCUGCAAUGAGCUAACUGAAGUCACUUUGCCAGAAAACCUACCCCCCAAACUGCAAGAACUAGACCUGACUGGAAACCCCCGCCUUGCCCUUGAUCACAAAACCCUGGAACUGCUGAAUAACAUCCGCUGCUUCAAAAUUGAUCAGCCUUCGGCAGGAGAUGCAUCUGGAGCCCCAGCUGUGUGGAGUCAUGGUUAUACAGAAGCUUCAGGGGUAAAAAACAAGUUGUGUGUCGCAGCUCUGUCUGUGAAUAACUUCUGUGACAACCGAGAGGCCCUGUAUGGUGUAUUUGAUGGAGACCGCAACGUGGAGGUGCCGUACCUUCUCCAAUGUACCAUGAGUGACAUUUUGGCUGAAGAACUGCAGAAAACAAAAAAUGAAGAAGAAUACAUGGUCAAUACAUUCAUUGUUAUGCAAAGGAAACUUGGAACUGCUGGGCAAAAACUUGGAGGUGCUGCUGUCCUUUGUCAUAUCAAGCAUGACCCUGUGGACCCAGGAGGAUCCUUCACCUUGACCUCUGCUAAUGUGGGCAAGUGCCAAACAGUUCUCUGUCGAAAUGGAAAGCCACUGCCUCUGUCCAGAUCUUACGUCAUGAGCUGUGAAGAAGAGCUAAAGAGAAUAAAGCAGCACAAGGCCAUUAUCACUGAGGAUGGCAAGGUGAACGGAGUGACCGAGUCCACACGCAUCCUGGGCUACACCUUCCUCCACCCCAGUGUGGUGCCUCGCCCCCACGUGCAGUCCGUUCUCCUCACCCCCCAGGACGAGUUCUUCAUCCUGGGAAGCAAAGGGCUGUGGGACAGCCUGUCCGUUGAGGAGGCCGUGGAGGCUGUGCGCAACGUGCCCGAUGCCCUGGCGGCUGCCAAGAAGCUGUGCACUCUGGCCCAGAGCUACGGCUGCCACGAUAGCAUCAGUGCCGUGGUGGUGCAGCUCAGCGUCACGGAGGACAGCUUCUGCUGCUGCGAGCUCAGUGCCGGAGGAAGCGUGCCUCCGCCCAGCCCCGGCAUCUUCCCUCCCUCCGUCAACAUGGUGAUCAAGGACCGGCCCUCGGAUGGGCUCGGCGUGCCGUCUUCCAGCAGUGGCAUGGCGUCUGAGAUCAGCAGUGAGCUCUCCACUUCCGAGAUGAGCAGCGAGGUGGGCUCCACGGCCUCUGAUGAGCCCCCGUCCGGAGCCCUGAACGAGAGCAGCCCUGCCUACCCCAGCGAGCAGCGCUGCAUGCUCCACCCAGUCUGUCUGUCCAACUCCUUCCAGCGCCAGCUGUCCAGCGCCACUUUCUCUAGCGCCUUCUCUGACAACGGGCUUGACAGUGAUGAUGAGGAGCCCAUCGAGGGUGUUUUCACCAAUGGCAGCCGGGUGGAGGUGGAAGUGGACAUCCACUGCAGCCGGGCCAAGGAGAAGGAGAAACAGCAGCACCUGCCGCAGGCACCGGCCGAGGCCAGCGACGAGGGCAUUGUCACCAGUGCCAACGAAGACGAGCCAGGUCUGCCCAGGAAGGUGGACUUCUCUGCUGUCGGGACCAUCGGGCGCCGCAGGGCCAAUGGCUCGGUAGCGCCCCAAGAAAGGAGCCACAACGUGAUAGAGGUUGCUGCAGACGCACCUCUCCGAAAGCCCGGAGGCUAUUUUGCUGCCCCAGCGCAGCCAGAUCCUGAUGACCAGUUUAUCAUACCACCAGAGCUGGAAGAGGAGGUCAAAGAAAUCAUGAAACAUCACCAGGAACAGCAGCAGCCGCCGCAGCGGCAGUUUCAGAUGGACCAGCUGCCAGACUGUUAUGACACGCCGUUAUGACCCCGUCUGAAUACUGUUUUAAAAAUAAACUAACCAGGAAAGACAGUUGCAAGAGUCUCCCAGGCUCACAUUAAACCAGGGGUUUUACUCCAUGUCCUUCUUCCAGACACUGUUCCCAACCUGUCUUUGCAGCUAAUCUGUAGAUUAUUUUCCUGUUUUUUUUUUUAAUGAUUACUUUUCUUCUAGUGAUGCUUUAUCAAUAUGAUUUAAAUUUGUUAACUUCUUUCCCUAACAUAUCAGAUGUGUAAAGACAAAGAACAAAAGGUUUAAUAUAUUACAGAGAAACAGUUAAUGAUAAUGUAAUAUUUUUUAAAAAUGGCUUUUUGUUGUUUGUUUGGAAGGCAGGGCAGGUUGCCAUUGCUAAAUGAUUUAAUAAUAUUAUAAUUCUGUAUUUCUUUGGGGGGAAAAGGCUUUUUUUUUUUUUUGUCUUGAAAAUGAUAGACAUUUGUAGAAUAUGGAGACUAACUCCUAGGAGUUGCUUUACUCUGUCAGGUGACUUAAGUCACUGGGAUUCACUAAUUUUCUCUGAGAGAACAGUUGAUUGAGAAAUUUCUAUUGUAAAUAGCUCAGUGUUAUAUAGUGAUGCUUAAAAUGUUUUGUAGUCUUGGCAUAAGGACACAACCUAAAUAACUGACACCUCCCCCUCCGGCCAGCGCCCCCUGCUCAGCCCCGCACACACCUGCAGUGCAGUGCGGAGGCCAGGCUGCUGGUGCGCUGCUGCUCACAUAAGGUGGCUCUGAGGUCACUGGAUGAGCCCGCACCCAGGGACCCUGAACCCGUUUCCCUGCUCUCCCAGCCCCAGCCCUUGACUUUUGCAGACACUUUUUAAUGGUGUUCCUUACUUACUGCUGCCACAACCAGCAUGACUGUAUAGAGUUCCCCUAGACCACUCACACACCCAGAGUUAUAUGAAGACAGAAUGCGCAAAUGGACAUGUCAUAAUUUUUGUUAUAAUAAACACAAAAUUUACAAGUUUGGACCCAUCUGCUUUUGUCUUAGCAGCCAGAUGUGUCUUGCAGAUUAUCACACC